UUUCACAACGGUUGUGUUUACUGAAUUAAAUUCUCCGUCAAAGAACUCUUACUGGAGGAGGAUCCCUAACGAGACUCCUAAUACCUGCCCAUUUCUAAAAGUUCAAGAAAUGGUUUCGGCACAUGAAGAAUACAAAGUUGGUCUGCAUGAAAACACCCUGACAUUAGUGACAGUCUACAGAUUACCGUCUAAUUUGGUUCUGGAAUGCUACAAAGCUUCUAAACAGGAAGAUUCGACAUUUUAUUCGGUGUUCUCCGAUGCAGGAAAAACCCACGCUGUAACUAUUAAAAUGUUUGAUUGUUCGUCAAAAGAUAAUUUUUUCAAAAUAUUAUUUGUUGAAAGAAUCAAAUUUGAUGAAAAUAAUUGGGUGACUGUAGUAGGAAGUCGAAGAUCGGAAAAUGAUGAAUGGUGUUCUUACGGUAUUACACCAAAAAUAAAAAAUUAUGAGACAACAACACCAUUUGAUGCUUGGGUCUACUAUGACUUCAAGCCUAAGGAUGGCCAUUGGAAUGAGAUUUCUGCAGACGCACUUUACACAUCGCUUGAAGUUACAGCCAAAAACAUAAAAACAUCCUAUGAUUUCCUGCCUGAAGCCGAACCAGUUGCAAGAUAUCUAUCAUUAGAGUCGAAAUACACUUUGGAAGAUUACAAGUUUCUGGAAUGCUAUUUAGAAAAUGAACGACGACACGUUGGAGUUAUAAAGUCUUCGAAAAAUAAAGUUAUAGUUUCAAUAACAGGUUUUCCCUGCAAGUCGAAUUCGGACUUGGAUAUAAAAUCGUAUAUACAUUUCGUAUAUAACAAAAGAGAGAGAGAAAAUUACGUUACGAUAGGAAGUCGUGAAACUGCCGAAGACCAUUGGUUCUGCUACAAUAUGUGUUUGGAUUGCCAAACACGGACGAGAAAACACAAGACUUACAUCUUGGGAUGUGAACCCGACAUUGAAAAUAUUGUUAAGUGGUCACAGGCUGCCGUCCCUUGGAAACGAGUUGAUGACACAACUCCACAGCUAUCGUCAAGAAAGGACAAAAGAAGAAUAAUAAAAAUGAACGACCACCUACAAGAAGUACAGCUUGAAAAAGCGUAUGAUGGACCGAUUCCUUUGUCAAACGAGAAGAUUAAUGACCUUCAAUCUUUAAAACGGUAUUGCAGACAAGAAGCUCAGGAUUUUAUAAACUCACUUCACCACCAACGGCCAGGCAACGUUGGAGAAGAUGACGAAGCAAGAAACAGUGAUUUUUAA